AUGUCCAAUACUUACGUCACUGCAUCUGAUGGGUACUGUCUUGCUGAACCAGUGCAGUACUAUGAUAUUCUGCCAGAACAAAUCAAUUAUCAGCUGCACGACACUGAAUUUCAAGAAUCACCUUAUUGCCGAUAUUCUACUGUCCAGUUUCCUCCAGCUCUACAGUCCCAAUCUUUACAAAGUCAUUUCAACACUUAUAGCUUGGAUCCACAGUUCAGUGAUGGAGAAUAUGGACUUUUUUCCUGUGCAUUAAAUAAAUCCACUCAUGUGGUUGCCCAUGAUGCUGAAGAUGGUUACCCUGGAAUAAAAAGGUCCAGAAUAACUCAUUCUUCCAUUCAUAUUAAGGGACAGGAAGAACUCUGUGUAGUUUGUGGUGAUAAAGCAUCAGGAUAUCAUUAUAAUGCACUUACUUGUGAAGGCUGCAAAGGGUUUUUUCGACGUAGCAUCACCAAAAAUGCAGUAUAUAGUUGCAAGAAUGGUGGUCACUGUGAAAUGGACAUGUACAUGCGUAGAAAAUGUCAAGAGUGCAGAUUAAAAAAGUGUAAGGCAGUAGGAAUGCUGGAAGAAUGUUUGCUCACAGAAAUUCAGUGCAAAUCAAAGAGACUUCGAAGGAACUUUAAGCAGAAAAAUAGUUUUUGCUCUAACAUCAAAGUGGAAGAGGAGGGGAUUCAGGAGAGCAUGGAACUAACACAAGAGGAAUAUCAGCUCAUUAACAACAUUGUGGCUGCUCAUCAAAAAUAUACAAUUCCUUUAGAAGAAACAGAAAGAUUUCUGCAGGGAUAUGCAAAUCCUGAACUGAUAUUUUUGCGACUCUCAGAGACAGUUGUCCUUUACAUACAGAGGUUAAUGGAUUUCACCAAAGGACUCCCAGGAUUUGAAAAUUUGACCAAUGAGGAUCAGACUGCAUUACAGAAGGGAUCAAAAACUGAAGUGAUGUUCCUUCAUGUGGCCCAAAUUUACAGUCAAAAAGAAUGUUUGUCAUCAACUUCUGAAAGUAAAAAAGGUACUAUGAAAAUAUCGAAUCAUUCAGAUCAUUCACUAAAUUGUCACAGUCAGAGUGGUGAUAAAAGUGCUGUUUAUUCUAAGGAAACAUUUUGCAGUGAAGACUGUCUUUCUACCUUGCUGACUGGUAUUGCUGAAGAAUUUAUUACCACACUGUAUUACUUCUGUAGAAGAAUGAGCGAGAUUAGUAUUACUAAUACUGAAUAUUCUCUGCUUGCAGCCACAACAGUAUUUUUUUCAGAUCGUCCAUGCCUGAAAAAUAAGCAACAUGUGGAAAAUUUACAAGAACCCGUUUUGCAAAUUUUGUACAAAUAUUCAAAAAUUUAUCAUCCAGAAGACCUACAACAUUUUGCUCGUCUCAUAGGGAGGCUCACUGAACUGAGAACAUUGAAUCACAACUACUCAGAAAUACUUAGCAUUUGGAAAACAAAGGACCCCAAAUUGGCUAGUUUACCCUCUGAGAAAUGGGAUUUGUAUUCACUUUGCUGA